AUGGAUCGUGUUACUUGCCGGUAUAUCAAGAGAGAUGGUUCCAUUUGUGGGGGAAUCUGUACUCGUACUACUGGUUGUGCAAGGCACUGGAAAUUAUAUGAAAAAAAUUUGAAAAAAAGACCAUGCCUGGUUUGUGGAUUUCCUACUGAUGCUGAUUCGGGAUAUUGCGCCAAAUAUUGUUCCAAAUAUUCUGCAAAGUAUCAUGCAAUGAAUUAUCGAAUAAGACAGAAGUAUGGGGCUGAGGCCCUUCAGUCCGGAAUUCUCUCUGAAUUGUCUGCUGAGGAGGAAGGAAUAUAUUCUGAGGAUAAGUCUUCUUCGGAAAUAUUAUAUAAAAUAAUGGAAGAAGACUUAUCUUCGAAUGAAUGA